AUGAACGAGAGAUCGCGCAGUCUAUCAAGUCUAAACUUGCUUAAAUCUCAAGAUGGAUAUCCAAUCGAACGAAAAGUAAUCGAAGCUUCAGGUCGAUUAGGUUCCCUUUAUGAUGCUUCAACAGAUAACUUAAUUGAUCGACAUGCUGUUCAAAAAGUUGAAAGAAAAAUACCACGUAGACGUUCUAUAUGUCGACUACUCUUAGGUGAUCAAUCGAAAGAUCUCAUUAGUUUUCUCAAAGAUAUCGACUUUGACGAUGCAAUUCGACAAAGUAUUUGUCUUCAAAUGGUUACACCAAACGGCAUUAGCCGUCUUAUUGAAUAUAAUCAACCUAUUGAUGAGAAUACUCGCUUUCUAUAUUAUUCUUAUAGAGCUAGAAAAGAAUGGUUAGAUGUGACAGCUCAUCAAACGAAUAGAAUCGUUGCAGCACCAUCACUUCCAACUGAAGCAACUCAUAUGAUAACAAAAAUUUUAUGGGGUUUUGAAGUUUUAUGCAUCAUACAAAUUCUAAAAAAUGAAUUUGCAAAUCCAGUUGAUCGAUUACUUCAUCAUAUUUGUGAUCAACUUCAAGAUAAUAGGAUUCCAGUUAAACUUAGCAGUAAUGAUCGACAGCUCAUCAAUCAAUUAAAUAAUAUUAUUGUAUAUGGAUCCGAAACGUGUGUCAAUCAAUCGAAUAUAUCAUUAUUAACUGUUCUCACAAGAAUACAAGAUUGGCAAAAAGAUUCAAACGUUCAUCAACCACUUAUCUACACGAUGCAACCGUUAAGAUGGCUUUACAAUAAUCCACAAUUUGAUGUACCAUGUACUUUUCCCAGACCAGAUAAUCCUCAUACUGCACGAAUUGAAAAUGUAAUCAAUCGAAUAAAUAAUCAGAUAAAAGAUCUUGGAAAAAUAUUUCUAAAUCUUCCAACAAAUUUUUCUAGUGCAACACUUGAUCAACGUUUAAAAACUUUUCAACAACAAUAUCGUUUUGUAUUAGAUUCACAGAAUAAUUUUCAAGAACAUCUUAAACAAACACUUUCAGAUAUUCGUCGACAUCGUGCCGAACCAACAACAUUAGAUGAUAUUAUUGGCGAUCAACGUUAUGAAUGUUUACGUAAAACCGAAAUAGAUAAAUUUCUCACUCGUAUUCAACUAUUGUUAAACAAAUCGAUAUUUAUCGAAAAAUUAAAAAACAAUCAUAUUGAAUAUAUCAAUGUGUCCGAUGUUCGUCCUAAUCAAGAAAUACCAAUGACGAUUGAUGAUAUUGAUGUCGUACUUAAACAUACUUAUUCCAAUGAGAAUGAUUCUAUAAUUCUUUGGUAUUCAAGUGACCGUUUAAAACGUGAAGAAGAAGAUAGAUAUCAACAAAUAUAUCAAGAAUUAAUUUGGGAAGUGCAACAUGUAGAACAACGAAUAAAAUUAGUCUAUAUUGAUUUCACCUACCUAAAAGAAAAAUUAGAAGAUUUUAUCAUUGUACGAUUACCAUUAACACAAACACCAAUAACUGAGCGUGAUUCUAAGAGAAAGUUAGAGAAUCUUCCAGUAUCAAAACCAAAUAAAUAUUUCUAUUUAGACAUAGUACCUACACCACCCGAAUAUCCAAAUACACCUCCGCCGAUUGAAAUAAAUGUACUGUUCUUGGGAGAAACAGGUGUUGGAAAAUCAACAUUCAUUAAUGCAUUUGCCAAUUACUUAAAAUUUGAAAGUCUUCAGGAAGCUGAACAAGGUGAACCAGUUGUAUUAAUUCCAGUUUCAUUUCUCAUUACUGUUGGUGAUCGAUUCGAUGAAUUUGCUGUCAAAUUUGGUAAUGUUGAUUCGAAUGAAAAUCAUGAACAUCAAGGUCAAUCAGUAACACAACAAUGUAAAUCAUAUGUAUUCGAUCUAAACAACGGAUUACGUUUACGUUCAAUUGAUACACCUGGUAUCGGCGAUACACGAGGAAUUAAUCAAGAUGUAAAAAAUAUUGAUCAUAUAUUGAAUUAUAUCAAUAAUUUAUCUCAUUUAAAUGCUAUUUGUUUGCUACUCAAACCAAAUGCUUCUCGAUUAAAUAUUUUCUUUCGUUCAUGUGUUAACCAAUUAUUAACUUAUUUAACACCAAGUGGUUAUAAUAAUAUUAUUUUCUGUUUUACAAAUGCUCGAGCAACUUUUUAUGCACCCGGUGAUACUGGUCCAUUACUUCGCAAAAUGCUUCAUGAUGAACAUCUUAAUGAUAUUCCAUUUCAAAAAGAAAAUACAUUUUGUUUUGAUAGUGAAUCAUUUCGAUAUUUAGCUGCAAGAAAAUGUGGUAUUGAUUUCGAUGAAUAUCGAAAACAAGAAUGUAUUGCUAGUUGGAAUACAUCAGUAACUGAAUCAGUUCGUUUACUUACUUAUAUUCAAGGAUGUAAAUCAUACAAUCUAGAAAAAUGGUUAUCCCCUCGGAAAGCUACUCUUGACAUAUCAAUGCUCGCUCGACCUCUCAUGGAAACAUUACGAUUAAUUAUUUAUAAUUGGAAAUUAAACGAAUCUCAAUUAAUUGAUAAUCAUAUGGCAUUGAAUUCAAAUCCAAUCGAUAUUGAAAUAUGUACUCGUUGUGCACAAAUUAAUAUCGUUGAAAUAGGUCCAUUUUGGUUAACUGAAUAUCAGCCGACUAUUUUAAAAACCGAUUCAAAUCAACAUCAUCUUUGUCCUACAAAUGAAAAACAUUUUUUGAUUGAAUCCAAUGUAACACAUGAAUUUGUUCCACUACCAGCAGGUCUUAAAAAUGAACGAUGGCAAAGUUCUUUUCAUAAUUUUCUAUUUAAAUGUGAUCGACUUCUUCAUGUCUUACGACAACAAGAACUAUCAAGUCAAGAUGAUCCAUUUCAAUGUAUACUCGAACGUUAUCUCGAAGAAGAAGAACAAAUUUCUCAGACUCGUAAUAUGAAUUUGAAGAUGAAUAGAUCAAUNACAUUCAUUAAUGCAUUUAUUAAUUAUUUAAAAUUUGAAAGUCUUCAACAAGCUGAAGAAGGAGAACCAGUUGUAUUAAUUCCAGUUUCAUUUCUCAUUACUGUUGGUGAUCGAUCCAAGGAAUUUGCUGUCAAAUUAGGCAAUAGUGAUUCGAAUGAAAAUCAUGAACAGCAAAGUCAAUCAGUAACACAACAAUGUAAAUCAUAUAUAUUCGAUUUGAAUAAUAGACUACGUUUACGAUUCAUUGAUACACCUGGUAUUGAUGAUACACGAGGAAUUAAUCAAGAUAUAAAAACUAUUGAUCAUAUAUAUAAUUACAUGAAUAAUUUAUCUCAUUUAAAUGCUAUUUGUUUAUUAUUGAAAUCAAAUGUUUCUCAAUUGAAUGUUUUCUAUCAUUCAUGUCUUAAUCAAUUGUUAACGUUUUUAAUACCAAAUGGUUAUAAUAAUAUUAUUUUUUGUUUUACAAAUACUCGACCAAAUUUUUAUGCACCAGGUGAUACUGGUGUAUUACUUCGAAAAAUGCUUGAUGAUGAAAAUCAUCUUAAUAAUAUUCCAUUUAAAAAAGAAAAUACAUUCUGUUUUGAUUGUGAAUCAUUUCGAUAUUUAGUUGCAAGAAAAUGUGGUAUUGAUUUCGAUGAAUAUCAAAAACAAGAAUGUAUUGUUAGUUGGAAUACAUCAGUUACUGAAUCAGUUCGUUGA